AUGGAUGCAGCAUUAUCUUGUUCAAUAUCAAAGGUGUUUCAAGGAUGUACUCACAGAUUAUGUAUGUGGCACAUAAUGUCAAAAAUGCCAUCAAAGAUUGAAGCUGACUUAGUUUCAAAUUCAGAUUUCAAGAAACGCAUAAAUCAACUAGUUUGGAAUAUGAAUAUCAAACCAUCAGAAUUUGAGAACAAAUGGGAUUUGAUGUUGAAUGAGUUUCAUUUGAAGGAAAAUAAAUGGUUGGCUGAUAUGUUCAACAAGAGAGAUAAAUGGAUUCCAUCCUAUUUCAGAGAUAUACCAAUGUGUGGACUUAUGAAGACUACAUCAAGAUCUGAAAGUUCUAAUUCCUUUUUCAAUGUUUUCUCAAGUCCAACCAACUUACUUGUUAAUUUUAUGUUCAACUUUGACACUGCACUUUCAAAGCAGCGCCAUGAACAAAAAAGAUUAGACAUUGCAUCAAGAGAUACUUCUCCACAACUGCUAUUUCCAAAUGAAAAUUUGAAAAUAGAAAAGCAUGCAUCAUUGGUAUACACACGAGAAGCAUUCAUAAAAGUGCAAAAACAAAUAAAAAAGGCAUUCUAUCAGUGUUUUCAAAAAAAAUCGGUUUUGAUUGAUGGUCGUCAACAAUGCACAAUUGUCUACAAAGAACUAAAAUCAGGCAAGCGACCAGAAUUUAAGGUUUCUUUUGAUGCAAAAGAUGAAACAAUUGAAUGUGAAUGUUUGCAUUUCACAUUUUUUGGAAUCCUUUGUAGUCAUGCUUUCAUAAUUCUUAUAGAUUAUGACAUUCCCAUGAUACCUGAAAAAUACAUUCUAGAUAGAUGGAGAAAGAACAUAGUGGAUAUUGGUUUUCAAAAGAUAAACCAAAAAUGGAGAGUGUGCAGUACAGAAAUUUCAAAUCUCUUGCAGGAUGCAACUUCUUUUUUUGAGAAAUGCGUUGAAUCGGUUAUUCAUGACAAAGAAAAACUACAAGAAUUGGUGAACUCUCUUCAACAAUUAAGUGAAACUUGUGGAAAGGAUGUUUCUACAAGAUCAACUUUAAUUCCAAUAAAAGAUGUGAUUGAAAAUAUCAUUGGAGUUCCAACUUCAAUUGAUGUGAAAAUCAAAGUACCAAGUGAGAUAAAAACAAAAGGAAGUGGAAAGAGGAGUCGAAUCAAAAGUGUUGCAGAAAAAGCAAUAGCAAAAUCACUUAAACCAAAACACAAAUGCAAAGGAUGCAACCAAUUAGUCAACCAUGAUGUAAGAAAUUGCCCAUUAAAUCCUUCAAAUGUGCUUAGGCCUUUCAAAAAACAUCAGUAA